CUAAGAAAGCCAGAGGGAGAAAAAAGCAGACAAUAUCAUUUCAGUUUGAGUCUGCGAGCAGAGAGCAGACAUGGAUUUCUGGAUGGUGUUACAUCUUUUGAGCCUUCUCAACAUGGCACGCUGUUCACCCGUAUUGUCCUCCUACACUGUUCACUUGAACAAAAACUCAUUCACAAAUGCGCAGAGUUAUUGCAAACCUGGAAGUGUCCUGACCGACAUUCCGGAUAAAAAGGAAAUGGACAAGAUCCUAAAAACAAUCUGGGACAAGACCAACAGAACGGCUGUUUCAUUCUGGGUUGGACUAAAGAAAGAUAAAGGUGCAUGUGUUCAACAAGGUUUACCUCUUAAAGGAUUCUACUGGACGGUGAACAACAGCACUGAAUCUGAAGCCAACAUGUGGAAAUCUGAGCCUUCAUCCACUUGUACGGAUGUUCGCUGCGGGCUACUUUCAGUGGAAUAUGGAAACUCCGGUGUGACAAACAGUGGAUUUAUGGAUGCCACCUGCAAACAGCAACAUCCUUUCAUUUGCAAGCGAAAUAUGGAGACGGUGUGCCAACGACCACAGAUACAUGAUACCAAGUACAUAAUCGACUAUCCGGAAGAUCCAUACACAUGUCAGGUUGUUUGCAAUUCUGAUGCCAAUUACACUUUGACAUGCUCACAUGAUUUAGUUUGGACCAUAGUCGGGAAGGAAAACAUUGAUGUAUCUGAACUCUGCCUGGAAUGUAAGAGUGGCUACAGGAGGGAUGCAUUCGGAAACUGUGUUAAUGUAAACGAAUGUGAAGAAUCAGAACCGUGCAAGCAUGGAUGCAAAAACACAGAAGGCUCCUAUAUUUGUGAUAAACUGCCCACCACUCUUCCAAAAAAAAAAGAUGAAUAUUCACACAAUGAGGAGGACAAAUCUGUGCAACCUCAACCUACAGUUUUGUCUGAGGACGUCAGAAUGAAUGACAGAGGGGUGCAGAUUGAGGAGAGCGUUGGCGACAUUUCAAAUAUCAUAGUACCUGUGAUUAUAGCACUGCUGAUUUUCAUCGUACUGGUGGUCAUUGUCGCGGCCAUUGUAAAAGGAUGCCUCAGGAGGAGAACCAUAAAACGGGCCCGGAGGAAGGCGGAGGCUGUGGGUCUGAAUGGAUCCAGCUCCAUGGAGAAGGUGAAUGAAAAAGAGGAAACCUAAGUGGGAGAGACUGUGAAAAUGUGACAGAUAACUCAAUGUGACACAUGCAGAUGACUACAGAGAGGGCUUACUGGAUGAUAUUACUCUCUCAGAACAUUUGGGUUUGAGAGUCAUAAGAGAGCUGUGUAAAUGCUGCCUUUGAAUUUCAUUUGCCAUUCCCGUCUGGUUUUUUUCACAGUUGAAAUCAGGGUCUAUCUUCUGAUGUGGAUUUUGAAAUUAGUUAUUAGAUCUAUGAAAACAGAGUACUCUGUCUUUGUUUACUCCUACAUAGCUGAUAUUUAAAUGCGACUAUAUGUGGAGAUGUAAGAACUGUAGAUGAUGUUGUGAUGUUUCUGCCAUUGGAUUUGUUUUCUAAUUAUAUAUUUAGCAACAUUGGAGAUUUAUAUGUCUGGAUGGUUGUAAAUAAAGGUGGACAUUAAAGCUGUAA